AUGUCUUCCGCUAUUCCUGUCGGCGUCUAUGGACGUCGCAUUCCGGCUGGCGGCAUUCCCAUCUCGGCCUCAGAUGACCAGUCAGCUACUUUCAGAAUAACUAUGGCCGCUAUUGACCCAGACGCGGAGCCGCAAAUCGACGAGGAUCACAAGCAUGCUCGUGCUACCUUAAAGCUCAUUCGUGUGCCCAUGGACUUUGACGAUGACGACGAUGAGGACUACGAGGAGGGCGAUAUUGAGGCAAUUGCUGCUCGCCUGCGUGCCGCUGGCGCACUCCCCGAGGCUGAUUCCGACAUGUCCGACUCCGACGACAGCGAGGACGAAAAGAAUGGCGGCCCUAGCGACCCUGCUAAGUCAAAGAAGGCCAAGCAGGCAGCUCUCAGCAAGAAGCUCCAAGAGGAACUCGAGGCUGACGAGAUGGACAUUGACGGCAGCUUGACCAACGGCACAAAGGGUAAAGCCAAGGGCAAGGCCAAGGUCACUGACGACGAUCUUAGUGAUGAGGACGACGAAGAUGACGAUGACGAUGACGAUGAGCCAGAGGAGCUUGUUCUGUGCACACUCGACCCCGAGAAGCACUACCAACAGCCUCUCGACAUCACUGUACGCCAAGGCGAGGAGGUCUUCCUCUGCGUCAGCGGAACUUAUGACGUUUAUGUUACCGGUAACUACAUUGCUUUCCCCGAUGAGGACAGCGAGGAUGAAGACGAGGACGACGGUCUUGAGGAGCUUGGCUACGACAUGUCUGCUGAUGAGGACGAGCUUGACGGUCUAGAAGAGUCAGAGGAUGACGAGCUCGACGGAAUGGAGGAUCCCAGGAUCACCGAGGUUGAUACCGAUGAGGAGGCACCAAAACUUGUGGAGGCCAGCAAGAAGAGCAAGAAGCGUGCCGCGGAGUCUGAGGAUGAUGCCACUCUUGAUGACUUGAUCAGCAAGACCAACGGUGACGCCAAGCUCAGCAAGAAGCAGGCCAAGAAGCUGAAGAAGAACGAUGGCCAGGCCACAGAGCCCGAGAAGAAGGCUGAAAAGGUUGAGAAGAAUGAUACCCCCAGCAGCGACAAGAAGAAGGUUCAGUUCGCUAAGAACCUCGAACAGGGCCCAACUGGCUCCCCCAAGGUCGACGCGCCUAAGCCAGAGGCAAAGAAAGAGGCCGCAAAGGGACCUCGCAACGUUAGCGGUGUCAUUGUUGAUGACAAGAAGGAGGGCAAGGGCAAGGCUGCCAAGAAGGGUGACCGCGUCGAGAUGCGCUACAUCGGCAAGCUGAAGAGCGGCAAGGUCUUUGACUCCAACAAGAAGGGCAAGCCCUUUUCCUUCAAGCUUGGUGUAGGCCAAGUCAUCAAGGGUUGGGACGUCGGUGUCGCUGGCAUGACUGCUGGCGGCGAGCGUCGUCUUACUAUCCCCGCGGCGAUGGCUUAUGGCAAGAAGGGUGCGCCUCCGGACAUCCCACCCAACUCUGACUUGAUCUUCGACAUCAAGUGUAUCUCGGUCGGUUAA